UGCAACGAGUCAAAUUAAACCCGUGCCCAGCUUUUUCAUCCUUUAUUUUUUAACGUACCAAGAAAACUCUAAAACUCACAAAAAAUUAAUAGAAAUGGCGACUUGUAAACCCGUGUUGGCCAAUGCCAUUGUCACCAUAAAUACGUGGAAAGAGAGUUACAUCUGGGUAAUUACGGCCGACACGAUAAUGAUGAACGAGAACACGUCCUUUCCCACGUUGAUUAUAGAAAGUCCAAAGUUUGGUUAUGGCACAUUGACAAAGCUGCAGUAUGACUGCUCUGCAGAAAUAACGAGGUCCAACGGACACGUGAAGAUACGCUUUUCCAUGCCGGACGGACCCAAAAAAUCGGUUAUCAAAUUGAUCAAAAUCGGUGUCGUGAUUCGCGACGGGCCGAAAUCCUUGUCCUCCAUCGAAGGUCCGCCUAAUCGACGGGACAUGACGAACAACACCAGUUGUGAUAGAGUCUUCGUAUUCGGACCGCAUUUUCCUGACAAAGUGGAUUCCAUUAAAGUCACACUGGAAUUUCUGAUUGAAAAUGAGCCUUCUGUCCGACACUUGAGUCCAUUUGACGAGCUUGAAGAAAACCCCUCAAACGAGGGUUUCUCGGACUAUUUUAUGUCCAAAUUUCUAUCUGAUAUAACCAUUCUCUGUGACGAAAAGGAAAUUCCUGCCCAUAAGUUCAUACUUUGCAAGCGGAGCCCCGUGUUUCGAAAAAUGUUUCAAGGAAAUAACUUGGAAUCGGCGAAAAACAAGGUUACAAUUGACGACGGUUAUUCCACCGUGUCAGCCAUGAUUAACUGGAUGUAUAACGGAUGCACGGGCGACAUCGACCUUCAGGGGGCCAUUGACCUGUACAAACUUUCAGAUCGGUAUGAAUUGCACUCGCUAACUCGCACUUGUGGGAAACUGAUCUACGCCGGAAUUAGGGUAGAAACCGCAUUGGAAAUCUAUCUUUUGGGAAAAGUUUAUCAGGACAAAGCUCUCGUGGAUAAGGCUGUCUCCGUUAUUAUCAAAAACAAGGAAGAUGUGUUUGCCGAUGAAAAACUGUGCACCGAGUAUUUUGAGAAGUAUCCACAAUUCAUGCAUCCAUUUUUGACGGACAAGUUCCAACCGUAAUUUUGAAAUUCUGAAAACUUUUGCAUAU